AGGAAAUAAAUGCACAUGAUGUUAACAGGCUAGAGAGCAUCAAAUUGGCAUCCAGUUCCUAACAAGGAGCUUAGAAUAAAGCAUGCAAUAUAGUUCUUGGAUAUGAGACCUGGAAAAUCCAAGAAAGAAAUGAGAACCUGAAGGGAUUGUGCUGAUAUACUUAGCAACAAAGAUCAAGUCAAAAUCCAGGUUUCCCAAUGUGGGAGCAGUUCUGGAAAGAGACACCUUUACCACACAUCCCCAGGCCCACAGCCAUUCCUAGGGGCAGACUUUGAACUCAUGAAUGACAGCUAAUGCUUCAGAUGCAACCAACAUUCGGCUUCCAUUGCAGUGCCAUCCCCAUCUUUCCCACUAGUAACAAGAAUCUGGGGUUUAUUCUGCAGCCUUGGCAUCAUGCUUCUACAGCUUGGCAUCAAGAGCAUUGGGCGGGACUGCUUUCCAAAGGACGUCAUUACCCACAAAGGAGAGAAAGCUGAACAUACAUGUAAAAAAGGAGAUGACCUGCUGAUUGGUGUGCCUAGUGAAGCCACAAUUCUUGGGACCAUCCAGCUACUAUGUGCCCUGAUGAUUGCAAGCUUUGGGGGCAUUUUGGUGUCAGCUUCCUACUCUUCCUACUUCAACCCAGAAGAAGCCACCACUUUGAUAUCUGGAUACCUGUUUAUUGGAUCCUUCUGUUUUGCCAGUGCUGGAAUUCUCUCCAUAAUCUCUGAGAAAAUCUCAACCAAACCCUUGGCACUGAGCAGCCUGGCCUCCAAUGUAGCAAGCUCUGUUGUUGCUAUCAUUGGACUCUUCCUCUUCACCUAUUGCCUGAUAGCCCUGGGGACUGCCUUUCCACACUGUAACUCGGAAAAGAAAUUCCUGUCCUUAUUGUCUUAUUUGGAAUCCCACCAUUGGAAGAAUGACGACAAGAACUGCCACCUGGCUUAUGUCAGUGCUAUAAGUGCUCUGGGGAUGAUGCUCCUCUUCACUGCGCUGGAGGCUUUGCUAGCUGUAUAUAGUUCGAUCUUUUGGUGGAAGCAAGUCUACUCCAACAAGCCUGGGGGUACAUUUUUCUUGCCUCCAUCACAAGAUCAUACCCAACUUGCCAAAAGCAAUUUGUUGCAGUAAUGGAUAUGAAAUACAGAAGAAGAAAGAAGAAAUCUAGUGCUCGUGGCAGAGCACAGCUAGACUCUCCUGAAACCUCAGCCUUGGUAGAUCCUAAUAAACAUCUGAAGAAAAGCUUUUCUGUCGUACUUUCAAUGAGUCACUUCAUUUCCAUUGAAAAUCAUUUCCUAAAGUCCAAGUCAGCAAAAUCCGCUGAUUCCACAUUCUGCAAUGACCACAAACUUUAUCAACUUCUCCAAACAGAGUGAACAGACAAUGCCGUUAGAUGAGAAAGCAUGUACUCCUUCAGGGGUGGAAGCCGACAGGGUCAUGUGGCUAGGUAAGAUCUCUCUCUGCAUUACUUGCACAUUCCUUUGCUUAAAUAUUAGACAUUAUGUAUUCCAAGAGACCUGAGAUCCUUUGAAUAUAUGACAGCCUGUACAAGCUCCUGGGUUUGAUACUCCAGCAAUAAAAAUAAAUAAUAAGUC